CGAACGCGAACACAACAGACAUGAAGUUCUUAGCUCUUCUCUGCUUGGUAGCCUGCGCCGCCGCAGACUACGACGGCUAUUAUGACGACUAUUACAAGUACCCGUACGGCCACGGCCAGCCACGGUACUAUGGCAAGUACGACGGAGGAUAUUAUCCAGACUACUACAGCCACAAACCAUACGGGAAGAAUAACUAUCGCUACAACUACGACAUCUACUACCCCUGGGAAAAGGCUUAUCAGAGCAAAUACGAGAGCAACUACGGUGGCCGCACCCGCGGUGGGUACAACGUGAAGCUGCCGUACAGCAAGGUCAACGUCGACUACGACAUCAAACACGGUGGCUACGGCUAUUCCAACAAGCCCUGGUACUAACACCGCAAGUUCCACAAUUCGGCAGCAACUGUUUUCUUAGAGCCAGAUGUAUUUAAUAUCCAAAGUAAUGGCGGCAGCCUGACGCCAAUAGUCGCCGACAACCCGGCCGUAAUCAUGAUCAGCCGCCGGAUGCCGUGAAUUAGAGGAGUGCGUGCGCUUGUGUGGCCGGUAGUGUACGCCAAAGAUAUACCACCGUGUACCCUGUCUGUAUCUGAUAUUGAAGAACAUGAAUAAAAGGAAAGCAGAUCAAACAUGGG